UGCCAGUUCGACCUCAAUGGCGGGAAGUGCUUCUCUUCUCUCACAGCGCCACCAUUUCGAGCACUCUCUCUCAGAGCACCGCCAUAAUCCCCACCAUCUCAAGCAACUCCAUUCACAAAUCCUCAAGUUCAAUCUCUAUGAUGAUCCAUUUGUUGCCCCAAAGCUCAUCUCUUCCUACUCCAAUUGCCACCUUCUCCCCCUCGCCGUCAAUGUCUUCAACCAAGUCCGACAUCCAAACGCUCUUCUUUUCAAUACCAUGAUCAGAGAAUAUGGUAAUCAUUCACAGCAUUCCGAUGCAGUGUUGGCUUUUCUUAAGAUGCAGAAAGAUGGUGUCUUUCCUGAUAAUUUCACCUUCACAUUCCUCCUUAAGGCGUGUUCAGGUCAUUGUGCGAUGUCUUUUGUGAGGAUGAUGCAUGCUCAGAUUGUUAAAUUGGGGUUUUUGAGUGAUAUCUUUGUGCCGAACUCUUUGAUUGAUUCGUAUUCAAAGGUUGGGAGAUGUGGGUUGGUGUUUGCCAAGAGGGUGUUUGAUGAAAUGCCUGAGAGAGAUGUUGUUUCAUGGAAUUCGAUGAUUGCUGGUCUUGUCAGGGCUGGUGAAUUGAUGGAGGCUACAGAAGUCUUCGACCAGAUGCAAAAUAGGGAUAUUGUGAGUUGGAAUUCAAUGCUUGAUGGGUAUGUGAAGACGGGUGACAUGGACAAGGCGUUUGCUUUGUUUGAGAGAAUGCCGGAGAGGAAUGUUGUCUCUUGGUGCAGCUUGGUGUCGGGGUAUUGCGAAAAUGGUGAUAUGGACAUGGCGAGGAUGUUGUUUGAUAGGAUGCCGAGCAAAAACUUGGUCUCGUGGACAGUUAUGAUAUCAGGAUAUGCAGAGAAAGGGCUAGCCGGUGAGGCUUACUGCUUGUUUAGGCAGAUGAAGGAAGCUGGUUUGGAAGCAGAUGAGGCGGCAAUUGUGAGCAUUUUGGCAGCUUGCACUGAGUCAGGCUUGAUUGGUUUCGGAAAGAAGGUUCACGCCUAUGUUGAAGGGACUGAGUUGAAGUUCGUCAUUCGAGUAUGUAAUGCGCUGGUUGAUAUGUAUGCAAAGUGUGGCAAUCUUGACAGAGCAUGGGGAGUGUUUGAGGGAAUGGCAGAGCGGAACUUGGUGUCAUGGAAUUCUAUGAUACAAGGUCUGGUGGUGAAUGGCCUCAAUGAACAAGCUUUGAACCUCUAUGCAAGCAUGAAGAGUGAAGAUUUUACUCCUGAUGGAGUGACUUUUAUAGGUGUUCUAUGUGCUUGCACUCACAUUGGGCUUAUAGAAGAGGGAUGGAGAUUCUUUGAAAGUAUGGAGAGUGACUAUAACAUCACUCCUCAAAUUGAGCACUAUGGCUGUAUGAUUGACCUUCUGGGCCAAGGAGGGUUGCUAGAAGAUGCUGUUGAUCUUCUCAAAAGCAUGCCUUUUGAGUCCAAUGCCAUUAUGUGGGGUACAUUGCUCUGUGCAUGCAGGAAACAUAACAAUGUAGAGCUUGCGGAGGAGGUAGUUGAGCAACUGAUUCAAUUUGAACCCUCCAAAGCUGGAAAUUAUGCAAUAUUGUCGAAUAUCUAUGCCUCUGCGAGCCGUUGGGUUGGUUUGAAUAAGACCCGACUCAAAAUACUGGCCACUGAAAAUGAGUUCAUGAAAUCGGACAGAUAUCAUUCACAUUCAGAAAGAGUUUUGAGAAUUGUACAUCGGUUGGACCAGCAUCUUAAGCAAGCCGCACAUGUACCAUAGUUUCACUGAUAAACCCCAAAUACUCACCUGGUAGCUCUUGUACCUUUUCAAGGAUUCAUGCUUGGUCUUAAGAUCAUCUUAUUCGUGAACUUACCCAACAAUCCAGAGGUAUGAUAAUUGAGCUUGAUUCUAUGUGUAUACACUUAAUUUCAACAAGGUUUGGUGAUUUCCUGUUAUAGACUCUGCAAUUUAUAAUCACAAAUGCUAUUAUUUCAAA